AAAAAACCCAAGCCAGUGGCAAAUGGUAAUGGUACGGCGGUGGCGGCGGUAAAGUCAGCACCUGCGGCGGCGGCGGCGGCGGCGGUGGUGGUAAAAAAAUUACCGCCAACCGGCAAAAAAUUACCGGCGCCAACGAGGAAACCGAUGAAAACAAUCGUGGAAGAGGGCCCGUCCUCGAAACCGACGGCAGCCACGGUCAAAAAGUCGCCCCGACGUUCCGUACGAAUUUCAUCGAAAGCCGACGGUGACAUUGCGAACCCGGCAAAUAGCGCCCCGUCGACAUCGGGCUCCGGCUCCGCAGCGGAGCCAGCUCCAGGUUCCGGCGGCAGCUCCGCAGCGGAGACUGUUCGUCAUCGUUCAGUUGUUGGGCAUCGACGACACACUAUCGGUGCUGGUGUGGAUAGGAAAAGCGCGGCAGCGGGUCCUGCAACGAAAAGGUAUUUUUUAUUUCUCGUAUCAAUUUUCAUUGAUUUUGAUUUGUUUCAACGUGUAUUCGGUUACCGUAUCCUUAUCAGUGUGUUAUCAGUGUCCUUAUCAGUUGUGGGUAGGCUUAUCAAUGAAUCGUUAUCAGUUAUCUGCGUGGCUUGA